GCAAAAAGAAUUGGCUACCAAACCUUGGACAAGCUGGCUUACAAUCUUUCAAGACUCCACCAGUACGGGCGACAUCGUUCUGCUCUCACCUUUCGUCCUCCCACCUUUCGUCCUCUCUUCUUGCGACUCAAGCGGCCUCCAAAUUUAGAUUCCGUUGGGUCCCGGUCCGAAGACAAUGCGGAAUGGGUCAACGACCCCGAAGAAUUGGAGGGACAGUUGAAAGAUCUCUUUUUAAAAUCCCCAGCACAAAAGCAUUCAAUAUUCUUAUCCGCGGAUUUUACAAUGCCCGCAAGCGCACGCGGUCCUCAGCAAAGUACACAAAUACUCGAAAGAAGCUGGAAGGCGCGGCGUGGUUGUCCUUCAAGGCAAUGCUGGCGUGCAACCAAGCGCCUGACAAAUACACCUUUUCGACUCUCGUCAAUCUCUGCACACUCACAGAUGAUUUUAAAGGAAUGAGAGGCGUCCUACUGGUAAUGAAACUGCUAAAAGGAACGUUUACACCCGAUUUGCAUGUCCUGGGCAGUAUCAUAGCCUACGGAGUACAGUCCAAUCGUCCCGAGUUGGCCCUUGCUGGUCUACGUGCAAUAAGGACGGAAGGCUUGACGCCAAAUAUACAAAUCUUGACUCAUCUGAUACAAUGCGCGGCUAACGAUCGCAAUUGGGACGCUGGAAUUGCUUUGUGGAGUGAUGUCAAGGUAGCAUAUCACGCAGGGGAGACGCUUGAUGAACGGUUAUUCUGGGAAGUGCGCCGACUGUGUCUUCGAUGCGACAAACACAAAGAGUGGCAACAACUCAUGGAAGUAGCCGCUACGAUUGGGUUCGAAGGGGAGUCCGUGCGAUUUUCUCGUUCGGAACCAGGACGCUCCUCUCGGCGUCGCCUGCGGGACCAUGUUGAUCCAGGUGCCCCGGAGGGAAAGAAAUCGACAUCAGAAGCUGCCUUUGCGGGAGCUCUUACCACCCUGGCUGCGAGUCUGGGAGCAGCAAUUUAUGCUGGCACCAACAAAGAUGACAAAAGGCCAACCGCAAAACCCGAAAUUCAGAAACCGACAUAUGGGAUAGUCAAAGGUAAAAUGGCUCCUCCGAGGAGAACGGGUUUCGGACCUACAGGAGUGCCUGUGUCUUUGGGGUUUGCUUUGACCACACUCGCUGCAAAUGUGGGAGCAGCGGUUUACACCAAUGCCAAGGAGGAUCGCACUGGGAACGUGGGAGCCGUGAUCUUUGCUGCCUCCAAGGAAGAUCAGCUCUCCCGAAACGCAAUCUAAGCACACGUAACCUAGGGCGUGGACCUCAGGUUGCCCGUGUGUCUUCGUGUAUUCAAACAGUUCGCCUACAAAGACACUGCUAGUAAGCAGCCUACAAGGGCACUGCUAGUAAGCAGCAUAGUACCAGGUGAUUACUCAGACACUAUUCAUCAGCUAGCUAGAUGUACUCGGCAGCUUACAAAGGGGCAUGACUGAGGACGGAGGGAAGAAGCAGCGCCGAUAGCUUUGGAGACGACAUAAAAGCAUUCUAUUUAGCAUUUUGUCGGAAAGAAACUCGUAUUCCAUCUAUCAACUUGAUGGUGAAUAUACUCUCAUAACCUUCAGUUUCCUAUCUCAAGCCGGAUUCAAACCCACGAACGCGAAGACGAAAGGGGUUACUGGAAUCGCUAUGUAGCCAAUGCCGGCAUAGACGAUCAACUUCGUCACAAC